UUCCUCAACACGACGUCGUUUUCAGGUUUCUCCUUAAUCGGCGACCUAAAUUGAUUUCACAGUGACGAAGACAGUCUCAGAAUCUUCUAGACGAAACCACACUCUUCUCCAUUCUCUCUUUUUUAUUUCAACGCAGCUUUCUCCUUCUCGUCUCCGAUCGUGUAACUUAAACAUACUCUCUGUUACUAAAACAAACAAAGCUUACGAAACCUAAAAAUGGCGGAUCAAGCUAUGACGGAUCAAGAUCAACAAGGAGCUGUUACUCUCUACAGCGGAACAGCCAUUACCGACGCUAAAAAAACCCAUCCCUUCUCAGUCAAGGUUGGGUUAGCUCAAGUACUCCGCGGCGGCGCCAUUGUCGAGGUUUCUUCUGUCAACCAAGCUAAGAUCGCUGAAUCCGCCGGCGCAUGUUCUGUCCUCGUCUCCGAUCCGGUUCGAUCUCUUUCCGGUGUUCGUCGUAUGCCGGAUCCUGUCCUCGUCAAAGAAGUGAAACGAGCCGUCUCUGUACCUGUGAUGGCGCGAGCUCGCGUCGGUCAUUUCGUCGAAGCUCAGAUCUUGGAGUCUCUUGCGGUUGACUACAUUGACGAGAGCGAGAUCAUCUCUGUAGCGGAUGAUGAUCAUUUCAUCAACAAACAUAACUUCCGAUCUCCGUUCAUUUGUGGUUGUCGUGAUACAGGUGAAGCUUUGAGGAGAAUCAGGGAAGGUGCUGCUAUGAUUAGGAUCCAAGGUGAUUUAACUGGAACAGGUAACGUUUCGAAGACUGUUAAGAACGUUAGGUCGUUGAUGGGUGAAGUUAGGGUUUUGAACAAUAUGGAUGAUGAUGAGGUGUUUACUUUUGCUAAGAAGAUCUCGGCUCCGUAUGAUCUUGUUGCUCAGACUAAGCAGAUGGGUAGGGUUCCUGUUGUUCAGUUUGNAAGAUAA